CAUCGGUAAUGAAAUGUCGCUGUAGGAUGGGCCAGGACGCUGUUAUUUUAGACAUAUUUUGUCUCAAAGGGGGAUAAAAGGACAGGACGAUUCGGACGCUAAGUUGUAAAUGAUUCAUUAAUUUCAUAUACUCCCAGAAAUUUACACCAAUAUGGAGGCUGGAAUGGUAGAGACGGUGUACGGCACGACGGAUGAAGGACAUGUCAUGUCUGAAAAAGUGCAGUCACUGGCAUCCAGCGUUUACAAGGAGUUCGAACGAAUGAUCAAAAAGUAUGACGAAGAUGUUGUUAAAGAACUCAUGCCUCUUGUUGUUGGUAUAUUAGAAAGCUUGGAUCAAGCGUAUGCAGAAAAGCAAGAAUCGGAAGUUGAAUUAGAACUGUUACGUGAUGAUAAUGAACAGCUGUUGACACAGUAUGAAAGAGAAAAACAGCUACGUCGUGGCGCAGAACAGAAAUACCUGGAAGUCGAAGAUGCAGUGGAAGGAGAAAAAAAGUCCUUGGAAGAAAAGGUGGAGAGCUUGGAGUCCAUAGUGAGAAUGCUGGAACUGAAGUCCAAGAAUGCAGCAGACCAUGUGAGCCGAUUGGAAGAUAAAGAAUCUGAAAUGAAAAAAGAAUAUACCAAACUCCACGAACGGUAUACAGAGCUCUUCAAAACUCACAUGGAUUAUAUGGAAAGAGCCAAAAUGUUGAUGGGACCUGACAGAAUUGGGGAUUUGGCAAACAGCCCCAGAACACGGGGAGGCUUCCAGCUGCCAAACCUGCGACCUGUCAGUAUGAUAUAUGGCAGCUCAGUAGAGACUCCGCUGAAGUCAGCUGGAACACCAGACUUUGAUGUGACCUCCCCGAACAGGAGUCAGGACUCUAAUGUCAGUCUGAAAAAUGAACUGAAGGACCUGAAUUCACCUGAUACCGGGGAAGGCGGGGCAAAAGCGGCAGGCGACGGCAAGUCAACAUCAGAUAAGAGUCAACUUACAGAUAGCAUCAAUGUGAGAGAGUCUGCUACAGGAACAAAAGUUAUAGAGGGGACCGCUGCUAAAGCCCAGUCUAGGGACGCAACAAAAAACAAACAUGCCCAAGAUAACCAAGCAAGGCCUGUUGUUAAGCCUCAAGUAGAGUCUGGUCAAAUAAACCAGUCAAAUCCAGAGAUUGAUUCCAACAAAUCAGUGCCUGUUGCCAGUGAAGGCAUGGUAUUAGAGACAAAUUCAGUAGAGUCAAGUGCAGACUCACAAGUUGUUCUGAGAAAAAAGCAUGAUAGAACUGUUGGUGAGAAGAACUUGUCAGUGUCUGCAACUGUAGAUGCAACAAAAAGUGGAAACAUUCAAACUUUAGUGGAGUCUGGAGAUUUCCUGGAGUCAGUUGAAGUGCAUGUACCGGUGUUACAAAUGUCAGCUGUUGACAAAACAAUAGCAGACAUUGUGGCCUCAACCCCAGAGUUAGAUGAGAUGGAGGAAUCGUUGUCAACUUCUACACCUAACAGAGUCUCCAGGAGAAAUAAUGACUCAUUAUUUGAUGAAAUCACUCCUGAUGUCAUCGGCGAUGUUGACUUUGGUGCUGAUAUAACAGGAAAAGAAGUUCAUCCCGGUGAAUAUGCAUCGUCAGAUGAUGGGGAACAAGGGGGAGAAAUUGUCAGUGACAACUUCUUUGUCGGUAUGGGGAAGGAGGUGGAGAAUUUAAUCCUGGAGAACACAGAGUUACUGGCAACGAAGAAUGCUCUUAAUAUUGUGAAGGAUGAUUUAAUUGCCAAAGUGGAUGAGCUUACAAGUGAGCAGGAGAUCUUGCGAGAAGAGAUUACCUCCCUUCAGGCUGUGAAGAGUCGUCUACAGCUUCGCAUUACUCAGCUGGAGGAGGACCUGAAGAAAACCAAGGAGGAGUUGGAGAAGAAAAGCCAGGAGGCACAGGCAGAAGGGGAGGAUGACGUGCCCAUGGCCCAGCGUAAGCGGUUCACUCGUGUGGAGAUGGCCCGGGUGCUGAUGGAGAGGAACCAGUACAAGGAAAGGCUGAUGGAGCUACAGGAGGCUGUGCGGUGGACGGAAAUGAUCCGAGCCUCUCGGGAACACCCAGAACUUGUCCCCAAGAAAAAGUCCACCAUAUGGAGUUUUUUCAGCAACUUGUUCAGCUCCUCAAACAAGCCUCACAACCCAGGAUUACCAGUGGCCACUGUGAAGUACAACGCUCCCACUACCAAUGUACGACCUGUGGGAGAUCCCAACAAGAAGAAGAGAGACUCUUACAAUCUGGGGGAGAAAGCUAAAGCCUAUGAUUUUCUUCAUGAUGAGGCAAAACUGAAAUUCCCAGACAUGGAGUCAGCUGAGAAAACCCGUAGGGAGCGUGAGAGAGAGAGGCGAGAACAGUACAAGCAGGUGCGAGCCCAUGUCAAGAAGGACGAUGGGCGCAUGCAGGCUUAUGGUUGGAGCUUACCUGCCAAGUUCACCUCCCAUCUGCCCAGAGAGCAACCCAGUAAGAGUCAUGUCCCUGUGCCGGUACCUGUCUACUGCAGACCCCUGCUGGACAAGGAGAAUGGGCUCAAGAUCUGGUGUGCCGCGGGUGUGAAUCUGACUGGUGGCCGUACCCAAGAUGGAGGAUCUAUCGUAGGGGCAAGUGUGUUCUACUCUAACCCCACGGAGGAAACAAUUGAUAACAAGAACCUUCCCAACGACGAAGUGGAAAAGUUAGAUAGGGAGCUAAAGGAGCAUGAGAAGAAUGUACAGAAGUCUGAGAAUGAGCAGAUGUCAUCAUUUGUCUGGAUCUGCACCAGCACAAACUCCUACAGUCGUGUCACAGUCAUUGAUGCCAACAACCCUGGUGACCUCCUGGAGUCAUUCCGUGUGACGUCUUCUCACAUCCUCUCCAUCGCUAGUGUACCAGGAGCCAUGGAGUCUGACUACCCAAGGAAGGAAAUUCCCGAAUGGCAAAAGGAGAACAUUGGCCUAAAACAGCCAGAUGCAGUCAGCGAGAACCAGACCAAUAAUCAAGGGGAGGAGGCUGGCAUAGGGGGGAUAACAUUUGUCAAAUGUGCCACUGGUCCAUCUAGUCAGAAUGGUAGUACAAGUGCUUCACCUGUUGGCUCUCCACCCAACUCUAGAGAAUCAAGUCCACUCGCUAAAGCUAAUGUUGCCAAGAUGACUGCAGCAGUACAAGCACUCUCAGAUGAUGGAGACUCUAACAAGAUGGCGCCUAGUGAUAAUGCAGUUGAGAACUCGGGAGACAGUGAGAAAAGUGAGGAAGAUCCUCUUGGUGUUACUGGUGCCACAAUUCUAAAAGCCACAGGCUCCCCACCAUCAUCUGGGACAACCACUCCAAAUUCUUCCUCCUCAUUUGAACAGUCUGAGAAACGAAUGUUAAAUGAGCCAUCAGAGCUGGUAAAAGAUGGGAUUACCUCCCCUUCUGCUAAUGAUCUCCAGAAUGAAGAGAUAGAGAAGAUGAGCAGUGUGCUUCCCACCAUGUGGAUGGGUUGUCAAAGUGGAAGCUUGUAUGUCCAUUCAUCUGUGGCUCAGUGGAAGAGAUGCUUACACUCUGUCAAGCUGGGAGAAGCAGUCCUUAGCAUUGUACACAUCAAGGGUCGUGUGAUGGUUGGCCUGGCUGAUGGAACUAUUGCCUUCUUCCACAGGGCCUCUGAUGGUCAGUGGGAUCUAAGGAACUAUCACAUCCUGGAUUUUGGUCGACCCCGACAGUCUAUCCGCUGCAUGACAAUCGUGGCCAGCAAACACGUGUGGUGCGGUUAUAAGAACCUUAUUCACGUCAUAGACCCAGAACAUAUGAGCAUUGUGAACACCUUUGACGCUCACCCGAGGAAGGAGAGUCAGGUGCGCCAGCUGUGUUGGAUUGGGGAUGGGGUGUGGGUGUCUAUACGCCUGGACAGUACUCUACGUCUCUACCACGCCUACACUCACCAGCAUCUCCAGGAUGUUGACAUUGAACCCUAUGUCAGCAAAAUGUUAGGUACUGGCAAACUGGGCUUCUCAUUUGUGAGGAUCACAGCCAUGUUGAUAGCCUGUAAGAGAUUGUGGAUUGGAACAGGCAAUGGUGUGAUUAUAUCUGUGCCCCUCUCAGAAAAUGAUGACGAGGAUCAUUUUCUUGGAGGUAACAAACAGCAAAUUACAUCAGGAGUGAGUAGUGGACGCCCGGGUGGGGUCAUACGAGUGUACAGUGAUAACAAAAAUGACAGCAUCACCCCUGGCAGUUUUAUCCCCUACUGUUCCAUGGCACAGGCUCAACUCUCCUUCCAUGGUCACAGAGACGCGGUCAAGUUCUUUGCUGCAGUUCCAGUUGGUAAGCGCACCUGGACACGUGGUCCUAAUUCAGGUGCACCAUCAAAGGGCGUGAGUGCAGCCAGUGAUAAUAGCGUAUCCAACUCGGCCCCGAAAAGCAAACCCCAAGAGGCAACACCUGCUCCCUCCACACAAUCCAAACUAGUCAUUUCUGGAGGGGAGGGUUACAUCGACUUCAGGAUUGGGGAUGGAGAUGACGAAGAAAGACUUCUACCUGAGGAAGAAGAGAAGAAAAAUACUCUGAACAAGACUGACCGCAGCCAUCUGAUUGUCUGGCAGGUGACCAGUUUGGAAUGACUUCAGUCUGCGUACUGUGAUAACAGAGUGACCAGUCAUCCAGGUUUGACCAGAUCAGCGGGCUGUCUCACAUUCAAGCAAAUAAGGAAUUCAUCUUGCUUUGGUAAAGAAGAAAGAGAGGCUAUGUGGAGCAGUGAUAGGCAAGGUUGGGAGGGUUAUGACAAUCUUAUCUGCAUUGGCUGAACUGAAGGAACCUUCCUGACAGUGAUGAAGUAAUGGACAAAACCCACUCACGCUUAGUCUGCUCAUUGAUCACUGGUCAGACCAGUGGUAGACAAGACGUGUUCGGCCAGCUUAUACUGGACAUAUUGAUGUACCACAGUGAUCAUACCAGACCACUAUACAUUCUGAUCUGUCACCAACAUGGGCACAAAACUGCCAGGGCUGUCUCUUCAUUUGAUGAAGCACAUAAGCAUGGCCAGUUCAACUUCCGGCAGUGUAUGUCCAAACAGCAUUUGUUAUGACAGAGAUCAUAUGUGGUAUGAGCAGUCCAGUAAAAUGGGCUGAUCACACACAAGCAAGGCAACCAAGCAGCCAGUGUUAUCUUUGAGUUAUAUAUGCAGAACACAGUACACCCAGCUUGGUAUCCAGCAGAAUCUGGCCAGUUUGGUAUAGACCAUCAAAUUGUGAUAUGUGAAAGGUUUCUAUAUGAUCUUGUCUAGAUGUUAUAUGUACACAGUAUAGCCUGUCUGCCUCGUGACAGGUGACCAUGCUCAGCACCAUGUGCUGGACAUGUCCUCCAUCGGAUUGCCAGUUGCUACCCCUAUUGUAAAGUUGUCUCUUGUCCAGAGUAAAAUGCUCAUGCAGUGUUCAUAAGAAUAUUUUAUUUUACCCAAAGACACUUUUGAAACCAUGGUACUUUCUGGUAGCAGAUUCACUCAUACUCUUGUGCUGUACUUUUCCCCCACACAAGAUUAUGAUGUCUUGUCUUAGAUGUUAUCUUUACCAAAGUGCCAUGCACUGUUGACAAUCUCAAGAAUGAAUUUUACAACAAUUGUUCUUGUUACGGUUAUUUUCUGCAUGUGCCCCAUUCUAAAUGUGUGCAAUAUAUGAUAUUGAUUCUUCUAGUACUCAUUUGACUCAUUUGAUUUUAUCUCUCUGUUAAUUUAUUUUAUUUGUGUGUUUGUUUGAAUCUUUGGAAUGGGGGAAUAAUGUAGUUCAGUUUGGUCUUAAAUGUGCAUGAAAACAUUAUGCAUAAUGCAUGGCUAACAGGUGUAUAAUGAACAGUAAUUCAGAAGUAAACUCCCUGGAAUUGAUAUCUUUAAUUCACCCUAUAUCUCGAUAUUUGUCAGCUUCCACAGACCAGUCUGAUCUUCAUAUUUCUUGCUUCAGAACAUGACUGUUUAAGAGUAAGCGAUGUCCUCGUUCCAUGCACCUCUGCUACUCUUGUCACCAAGUAUCACUAGUGAGCAGUGAGCGCUGUUGGUUUGGUCAUAAUGCCUAUGCAGGGAACCCUUGACAGGUUGUGGCUAUUCAUAUUCAUGACAUACUGUAAUUCUUCAACCUUUUCGCAUGUUUGCAAGGUGUUCAUUCAAGCAAAUUUUGAGGGCAUUAUUGUGUGUAGACUGAUAAAAUGAUACUUUUUGUGCAGCCCUGAAAUUGGUUCAUCCAACCAAUAUAGUGUUGUCUCCAAAAUCAAAUUAAAACCAUACAUAAAUUGUGCUGAAAGCCUGCUCUUUCAUAUGUGAAAAAGUUGAAGAAUUAGAGUAGUGAAACUGUUUAUCUCUGUAUGAGUCGUCUAGUGUGGCCACAGAUCUGACAGAAACACGCCCUCUGUUCCAAGUGACUAACAGAGAAAACUAUUUUAGGUUUUUGACUGACAAAAUCUGGACAUCAUGAUUAGCCACUUUAUUUCCAAUUCAUACUAAAGACAUUCUCCUACCAGUUAGGUUAAUGAGAGAUGUCCCCAUAGAAAGUGUGCUCUAUAGCUUUAGACUAUAAACAUCAGCGACUGUGCAUGUACGUUUGUCAACAGGCAGAACAAAUGUUGAUCAUUGGACUUGGAGCAGCGUUCUCACACAAUGGUAGUUACCAUGGUAGUUAAAUGAGGGAGUAGAGGUGCAAAACUCAGCUAAUUCAGUACUUCGAUAUUUUCCCAAUUAUGUAUAAUCUUACCAGGGUCUUAUCACUACCAUUACUUGAUGGCUCCAGGAAACACUGUUCUGUGUUUGGAAACCAUAAAGGGUCUAUUUUAGUUAAAAUCUGGAUUUAAAUGAUUGAUAGCCUUUAGUCAUUUACAGAUAAUUUAUGUACAGCUUCAUUGUUUAUUAUGUGUGAACUUGUUUUUAUUAUUUUUUCUUUACCCCAUGCAUGUAUGAUUUUAUGGGUGAGUACUGAGUUAUAUUUUUAAUGGAAUAGACACGACAAUGCUAUGUACACUAGUAUAUGUACCAGUCUGUUAUUUUGUAGUUUGAUUACCACAUUUGAAAAUGGAGUAUUUAUUGUGUUACAGAGGUAAAGGUAUACUGUUUGUUAUUGAGCAAGAACUGCGCAUGAAUUGAAGGAGCAUACUGUGAAUGAGAAGUGAAGGUAAUAAUUUAGAAACAUAUUUGUUAUUGUCUAUUAAUAAUGUUUUUAUGAUGAUAUGUUAAACGUUAGCAGAUGCCCGGAAAAGGAAAACAUCUGACUUUACAUUGAACAAGACACAGUUAAACUGACCGAAUUCAGAGCGCAAAAAUAUCCAUCAUCUGUUAAGUGGAACCUUCUAGCUUUGGGAAUUGUCAAUGGUACUUAAAACGUCUUCUCUGGAGAUGUCAUGUAUAGUGGGCUGAAUUUCCUAGGGCUCAAGCACCAUUGAAGGCCUCAGGUUGGUCUGGGUCUCCCCUGACCAAUUUGUUAACGUCCAGCUGUACGUAGAAUUAUGAUAAGUGAGCUAAAGCUGGCUACUGCAAGAAAAACAGCCAAGCCAUGCCAUGUAUCUAAACCACCACUGGUUGACAUAAACAUCAGUCCCUUUGGAAACUCACUUGAUCAAUUAAGACAAUCCAAUAGAGCCUUGCCGACAAGAAUGUAUUUCUUAACUACUGCUGGGGAAUCUCUGGGGGAAUACAUUCCCUGCAGUUCACUUCAGAGAAAGCUUUUUGUGGUAAUGACAUGAAGGAACCAAGACAGUUGUUCUUCCUUCCUUUUCUUGUCGUGAUAUAGCCCAAAAAAAAAAAAAAUCUGGCGUGAAGCCCAGUUCAUUUUUUCUUUUUUCUUCCUUUGAUCACACCCUAUUUUUUAUUCCCAAAAUAAGUUUUCUUCGGAAUGUCAGAUUAUCGUUUCAGUCCGAGCGGCUUGUAAAAAAUACAAUUACUAUGUAACAGGCUAUAUGUCUUGUCCAAAUUGUACAAUGAAUGGUCUGAAUUUUGACCGUGUCGGAAGAUACUAGGUGCUUGUUAAACCGCUUAUUAUAGAAAGAGUAUCUACAUAUACAACUGCGUAUGUACAUACAUAUAUAUUAACUGUAUAUGGCUUGCAUAAGAACAAAUUCCAGUAUGACGAUGUGUUUUACCGCAUGGCGUUGUGUAUAUUGCUUGCUAUACUGUGUAUUUCACCAAUGGUUAAUAAAACACAUGUCAGUGUAAGUGGUCUUGCCUUAAUU